ACUGUCGUUUCAUAUAGUUUUAUCCAUCGAAAUGCUUCGAUCCUACGUAAUAAAUUCAAUAAUACUUUGUCUCUUGAUAAGCGGCUUUGCCAACGGGAAGAAACCAUUCGGUCCGGGUGCACUAGACUGGGCUUACGCCGAAGUACGGCCCAAUGCCCACAUGUUCUGGUUACUGUUUUAUACGACGAGCAAACAAGUCUAUGAAAGGCCCCUCGUGAUAUGGCUUCAAGGAGGUCCCGGUGUCGCGGCUAGUGGCGUCGGAAACAUCCUCGAAAUCGGACCGAUUGAUUUGAAGCUCAAAGCGCGCACUCACUCUUGGAUUAAAAACUAUAACGUUCUCUUCGUCGAUAGUCCUGUGGGUACAGGAUUCAGUUACACGAAAAAUGCACAAUAUGCCACUUCGGACACGCAAGUCGCCAAAGAUCUACUCAAGUGCCUUGCCUCGUUUUACGAUAAAUUACCACGUUUCAGAGACGUGCCUGUUUACAUUUUCGGCCAGUCUUACGGCGGUAAAGUGGCUUUGGCUUUGGCGCAGUUUUGGCUUAAAGCUCAGGAAAACAAUCAUAUGCCAGAUAAUUUAAAGGGAGUGGCCUUGGGUAAUGCUUGGAUUUCGCCGUUGGAUAGUGUCAUGAAUUGGGCUCCGUUUCUACUUCAAACGGGUUUCGUCGAUUUGGAGGGCUACGAAGCCAUUCAUAGUGAAGCAAAACUAACUCAAACUGCUGUAGCAGCAAAAGAAUGGCAGGUAGCUUACGAGGCUCAAAAAAAAACUCAAAUGGCCAUCUACCGAGAAACAAAAAAUAUCAAUUUCCAUAAUGUCUUUAGUAAUGUUGAUCUGUUGGUUCAAAAAACCAAUGCCGUGAAUGACCAACUGUUCAAACUGAUGAACGAUAGGGUAAAAAAAAGUUUAAAAUUGCCGAGCACUUGGUGUGGCCAAUGCUCGACAGUAUCGGCUGUACUUCAAAGCGAAUUCAUGAAGCCGGCAAAAGAUUUAGUGAGUUUUUUACUGGAAAAAACAAAGUUGAAAGUUUACGUAUAUAGCGGCAAUUGGGAUCUCAUCGUUCCAACUGCAGGUACACUUGGUUGGAUAAAACAUAUUAAUUGGAGUAAAAAAACUUCCUGGAACAGAGCCGAAAGAAAACCAUUGGUGAUUGACGGUAUUAUAGAAGGUUACAAAAAAAGCUUUGGAAAUUUUGCAUUUUACUCAAUUAAUCGAGCAGGCCAUUUGGUACCAGCUGAUAAUCCAAGAGCCGCUGAAAUUUUACUGAAUGAUUUAACGUCUAGCUGAGUCUGUUUAGGCUGAUUAUUCUUAAACUACACAAAUUGUGAAAAUACAUACAGUACUUGUCAAUUUUUCAA